UUAGCUUACCCGGCUGGUGAAGUAACGCCCGUUCUUGCCUUGGUUUCAGAGAAACAUUGUAAACAAUAUUGACCAUAUAAAAUUGUGAAUUGUGACAACUUUAGUGGCCUCUGUGAACGCCGCUUAAAAAUCUCAGACAGUGUUAACUACAUUAAUGAUAAUUUGGCAGUAAAAAAUGAAUUUUUAACGGACCUGUUUUUCCUUGGACCAGCUGAACUAUAAACCCCAUGGAUGUUUCUGAAACUGUUUACGUGUUGUGUUUGUUUGUUUUUUUUAAAUCUUAGGAGUGGCUAUGACAAUAUCAUACAUGCACACACGCUGAUGCCAAUUCUAUGCAUUCUGCAGUUCCUCCAAAGAUCACCGUGGAUGAGCUGCGUCUGACAGGAACCCGAGACACCAGAGAGGUCGAGAGACGGAAACACAGCACACCAAAACCGGUGGUAUUUUUGUCUUUGUGUUAUUGACAGCAUACGCAGACCAAUGCAUGCAGUGUAUAUGCAAACUAGUAGGGUAUUUUAAAACUAAAGCUGAUAUGCAGGCUACACAACCACACCCUUGACAAAUGUGCGAAAACAUGUUGCAGGCAAAAUGAGUUUCCCUGGAGCGAAGGGGGUGUUGCUGGUGUCAAUGUACAUUGUGACUAGUAGCACAGCAUAAGAUGGCUGAAGAGGUAGAGGUAGACGACCAUGUGGAACAAGCUUGCUAGAUGUGCACCUCUCUUUCUGUUUCUGGUGCUCUCCGGUUUCAUAUUCUUGCUGAGAAACAUCGGGAGCAUAGAGAAUCUUAACUUGAAAACAGUCUCUGCGCUCAACCAGCUGCAGUACCACAUCAACACUGCCUUGCAGUCCAGGAGCCCACACCGGGGCAUCAGGAACUUGUCUCAGUGCAGCUACCCUUCACAGGAGCGGAGCCAAGAUGAGAUCACCGAGGAGAAACUCCUGCUGGGGUUGAUCGCCUGGCCCGACUCCCCCAGGAGGAGCGCCCCCUUCAAGUGGAGUACCAGCCCCUUUACCAGCUCCUUUUUCAUCCUCAACUCCCGCAUACAGUUCAGAGUGGGUGAGCAAUUGGAGGUGAUGGUCCGAAUGUACGACUUCCAGGGCAAGGCCAAGCAGCACGGGGGCGACUUCCUGCUGGCGCGCAUCCACUCCCCGGAGCUGAAGGCAGGGGCUGUCGGCAAAGUGGUGGACCACCAGAACGGCUUCUACUCGGUGUACUUUGUCCUGCUGUGGGCCGGCGUGCUGCGGGUCUCAGUCACCCUGGUACACCCCAGCGAGGCCGUGCAGGUGCUAAAGAGGCUGCGUGAGGAGCGGCCCGACCGCGUGUAUUUCAAGAGCACCUUCUGCUCCCUGGACUCCUUCGAGACCACCGAGUGCAACUUGUGUCUACCCUCCUCCCCCCGGCCACUCUGCAACUUCACCGACCCCCACACUGGCGAACCCUGGUUCUGCUACAAACCCAAGCUGCUGUCCUGCAAUACCCGCGUCGACCACAGCAAGGGCGGCUACUUGAAACACCUCCUCACUGGCAGAGAGAGCCUGUUUUUUCAGAGUAAAGUAAACAUCAAAGUGCCCAUAUUGGCUUGGGGCUCAGAUGAAGUGAUUGUGGAACCCCUUGAUAAUAAAGGUAAAGAUACAGAUCAGUCUAAACUGGAAAGACAAACACACCACAACACUGUGAAGUUCUCUCCUGCUGGCUUCUAUUACCAAGAUGCAUGGGUGUCUAAUACGGGAUUGAUUCAGCAGUUCAACAACACCUCCAUCACAGAGUGCCUGCAGGGAAAGGCUGUCCACCUCUUCGGGGACUCCACUGUGCGCCAGUGGUUUGAGUACUUGACUGACUUCCUUCCAGACCUUACGCAGAUUAACCUGAACAGCCCCCAAAACGUAGGCCCAUUCUUGGCAGUGGACAGCGAGCACAACAUUCUCCUGAAGUACCGCUGCCACGGCCCGCCUAUCCGCUUCUCCAAGGUGUUGACCAGUGAGCUGCACUACAUUGCCAACGAGCUGGAUAACAUCACGGGCGGCAAGGACGUAGUGGUGGCCUUCACCAUCUGGUCCCACUUCAGCACCUUUCCCGUUCAGAUGUACAUCAGACGGCUGCGCCACAUCCGGCAGGCCGUGCUGCGCUUGCGUGCUCGCGCUCCAGAGACUCUGGUGGUCAUCAGGACUGCCAACCCGCAGGCCUUGGACCCCGAGUACAGCCUCUACAACAGUGACUGGUUCUCUCUGCAGCUGGACACCGUCCUGCGUCGCAUGUUCCAGGGGUUGGAUGUGUUCCUGGUGGAUGCCUGGGAAAUGACCAUGGCCCACUACCUCCCCCAUGCCCUCCACCCGCCACCUGUCAUCGUCAAGAACCAAAUUGAUGUUUUUCUUUCCCACGUUUGCCCCAUAAAACACAAAUAGAAAAGACACUUAUGACUCUAACUCCUGCUCCCAAGUCCAAUGUGGACCUGUGGUUUAAAUGUUGGCCUCGUGGUUGAAGGCCAACUUAAUGGACAGAGUUUAGCUGCAUGUUUAGCCAAAUUCAGUUACCUUUUAUGACGGGGAGCAGACUUUAGGAAUGCAUGUAAUUAAAAGCAAACAUGGAGCAAUUUUUAGCUUUAGCUUUUCCAAAAAUAAUAAUUGUGUCCUUUAGUGAUUAAAGCUGAAGACAGACAGAUCCUUAUUCUUGGAUUGUGUAUGUAUUUCUUGUUGUAUCCAGGAAACCUGAGUUUCACUUGUCUUUUCCACACAAAGCUGCUUCUCUCUGAUUAAAACUGCUUCCUGGCUCCCAUUUCUGUCCAGUCCAGUUUUGGUUGGUUGACCUGAGGCAGGGGGAUGAUAUGGUGUUUAUCACAAAGUUCAUGUUUCUCUAAUGAAGGCAGAAUUAUGGCCUGUUCAAAGAAAGUUUUUGGAAUGAAUUCUAACUUGACACACACAUUUUUUAUGGGCACAUUUUGUUAUGUUCACAAUAUAUAAACAAUAUAUAAACUCAAUAAAUUAAAUAAAUGUAUUCUUUUUUUUGUAAUUGUUUUUUAAACUGACAUUUAUCUGCACUUAACCGCCAUACUGAACAGAAGCACAUAGUGACCAACAAAACAGACCAACAGCUGCUCUAUUCUAAAUUAUAUAUAAUUAUAAGUGUAAAAUGAAUGGGCUGGAAAUGGGAGGAGGACUUUAAAACAGAUCUCAGGAUUGUAGUGGCAUCAUCACAGCUUACCAAUGUUGUGAGGCAAUUGAAAAGGCAAGUAGAAUGUUAGGUUAUAUUGCAAAAAGCGUGGACUACAAGUCUAGUGAGGUUAUACUAAGAUUAUACAGUACCCUACUUAGACCCCACCUAGAAUACUGUGUGCAGUGUUGGUCACCUCACUACAAAAAAUACAUCACUCGAGAAGGCACAGAGAAGGGCAACUAAGCUGAUCCCAGGACUUAAUGACAUGAGCACUGGUUACAAUAUUGACACCCCUCAGCUUAGAAAAAAAAGACAGGGGGACAGAAAAUCAUAAAUGGUAAUGAUAAAGUGAACCCAAGACACGACUUCAAAUUUAGCACAGAGAAAAGAACGAGGGCAGAAGAGGAAGCUGAGUAAAGGUAUGUUUAGAACAGAAGGCAGGAAGCACUUUCUUCCAGUUGGAAAUGCAUGGAAUAGCCUACCAGGUGAAGUAGUAGGAUAUAAACCACUGAGAACAAAGUUUUGAUUACAAUAAUGUGCCUGCUGAUUACCAUUUAACUUUGACAAAAAUGCCUUUGCAUGCCAAACAAUCACUGUUCAUAUCGAAAGCUGUAGUCAAAGGAUUUUUGCAGAAAAACUCAACAUUGACAACAAAAUGUGCCAAUGACAAUAUGGAGUAAAUAGCUUUGAGGAUUUGAUCCAUUAUGUAUUAUAGUGCACCCAACAAACAGUGAAGUGGCUUUAUUGUGUUUCUUGUAGUGCUGUUUGGCAUAAAAUAGCUUGUUUGACAAAUGGUUCUACUUCUAAUUGUUAACUGUUCCAUAUUGCUUAAAAUAUAGCUUUAAUCCUAUUUGGUACAGCUGUUCCUGCACAUUUUACUGCAAAAGACUUCAUGGGGUCAGGUCCCAUUCCACAUGCCAUAUUCCCAACACUGUAGAGUGGUUUUAAAAAGUUGGUUACAAAUUCGACUUGUGAUCUAUUGCUUUCUAGCCCUAUUGAUUUUCACACACCUCAAAUCUAUGCAGCUGUAUGUAUUUCAAAUCUUUGUUUUGUAUCUGUUUU